AUGGUCCUCCGGACCUAUUCUGCUUCGGACUUUGUCCCUGCAGCCUUUUCUCUGUCUCCAUUCUACUCAGGAUUCAUCCUGAGUAGCCAUUACACAUAUCUGUACCAGGACAUAGCAUGGAUCUCGAGGAUCAACAAGGCUAGCAGGAGGCCGCAGGAACUCAAACCUGAAGACUUCAACCUGUGGCUCCCUUCACAACUUCCAGAUGGCACCCCCAUAGACCAGACGCUCGCUGGCCACGAGUGGGAGCUACACUAUGCACAGGCCCUCGAUGCCCUGAACGAAGUUCAUUCCCACCUCCGGCUUCGAUCCCACAUGUACAAGUACAAGGAUAAAAAUGUCCGUGGUCAAGCGGGUUCCACUCACACCAAGAAAAUCAUUGAUGCCAUGGAAUCGAGGAAGCACGCCAGUGUAUUGAAGUACAGACGUGCGCGCAGCGCCCUGCUGUCUCUUGGCCACCGUCUCGAGAAGUGCAGUUGGGAGCUCACCAUGCGCCCGCUUCUUGACUCUGAUGUUAAGCCUAUGGGUGACAUGGAGCAGCAAUGGAGAGGAACCAUCUCCUGGAUUUGGUAUCCGCUUGGAGUGGUGCAAGGCUUGUGCCCGCGCACACCGGUGGUCGGAGGAGGUGGAAUUAUUGCUAGAAGAGAUGAGAUGAGUGCUGGCAUUUUUGAGAUGGCAAGGGUCCUGGUGGAAGGAGUGCAUAACUCUCUGAACACUCAACUCAGCACCUGCACAAGAGGGGCUGUCAGUUUUCAAAGGCUGUGGAGUGAUGUGCCUACCCUUGUCUCUGGUGGUGUCCUGAUUCUGGAGAGUGGAGAGAUAGAUGCUCCUACUAUUGACACUCCCCCACAGUUAUAA